AUGACGGCACCCGAAGCCAUGGAGAGGACGACCGGGAGCGAGGGCAAAAACUCCAGGUCCGAGGACGAGGAGGCCCAACCCCACGAUCAGCGUGCAUCUGCCGCCGACAACGCCCAAAGGACCCCCAAGAAGCGCCGCAAAGUGAACCAUGCCUGCAUCUACUGCCGCCGAUCUGAGAGGCCAUGUACAAGAUGCAUCAAGCGCAACAUUGGGCACCUAUGUCACGAUGAGCCCCGUGAGCAGGAGACCAAAAAGUCCAAAAGUCUGGCCCCAUCCUCCGUCCAGGACCCUACGUCGCAGCCGGAUCCGGGACCCAGCAGCUCUAUCAACCAAAAUGCCGGCGCCAUGAAACCACCCUCGUUUGACUCGGCCAUGAGCAACGGCCCGGUACAGGUGGCGAAGGCCGCCUUUGACGCGGCGGCGCUAGCGGACCGGAGCAAUAACCCCAUCCAGCUCGUGCAACCCACACCCGUACCUAGCAUAACGGGCAGCACCUUGGAAGCCAUGAGUCAGUUUUCCGGCUUCUCUGACGUCUGGCUGGCUUCACAGAACCCUUACCACGCUAUGCACAACUUCCACCCCAGCCAUGUAGCCGCGCCCGAGCUCAAGCAUGAGUGGGAUCUCUUGAGUGACUUUUUGCAAACCAGCUUGAGCGAUGACCAGAACCAGCCCGACGCGGCCUCGGGAUUCCCCAGCGGCACCGCCAUGCUCCCUCCGAGUACGGUCCAGGGGAGCUCCGCGCCUCCGCCGAAUGCCGAGCAGGGCAAAGGCAUUCCCAGGCCCGACAGCGCCCUCCCGGUGGAUAAAACCCGCGCAUACUACCUCCAAGCGGCCGAUCCGUCGGGCAGUGCGCCUGAAGAGCGCAUGCGCCAGGUUCUGCAGGCCAAGUACGAGGCGGGGCUGUUGAAGCCGUUCAACUACAUCAACGGGUACACCCGCCUUGGGAGCUACCUUGAUGGCCAUGUCUCCGCGUCGUCGAAACAGAAGAUCCUGAGGCAGCUCGAUCGCUUCCGGCCCAAGUUUCGUGAGAAGAUCAAGGAUUUGACCGAUAUGGACCUCGUGUUGGUUGAAAUGUGGUUCGAGCGGACGCUCAUGGACUACGACCGUGUGUUUGCUAGCAUGGCCGUCCCAGCCUGUUGCUGGAGACGGACGGGCGAGAUUUUUAGAGGAAACAAAGAGAUGGCCGAGCUCAUCGGCGUGCCGGUCGAGGACCUACGAGGAGGAAAAAUUGCCCUUCAUCAAAUUUUAACAGAAGAAUCCAACGUCAGGUACUGGGAAGAGUUUGGAACCAUCGCAUUCGACGCGGCCCACGACACACUCCUUACAGCCUGCUCGCUGCAAAACCCUAAUGAUCCAAAGAAACGCGUCAUCAACUGCUGUUUCUCCUUUAGGAUUCGCAGAGACGAUCACAAAAUAUCCCAAUCCACCAAACAUAACAUCGCCGCUUCGGACUGUGGUCCGAAACCAACGACCCCUUUCGAACCGCGUGUUCCAAUCCGUGAUGCCUCCUCCGCACGAGCACCCAGGCAUGCUGCCUCUCAGUCAAGCAAUAAAUCUGAAAAGCGAAUCGAAGCAGCAAUCGAAUUCGCAACCCGCCUCCGCACCAUCCUCACCGGCCCCGAACCCGCCGACACGCCUCUCACCGAAUCCCUCGUCGCCGACAUCGCCAAGCAUGCCGCACACCUGCAUGUGUGCCAGCAGACCUACGUCCCGGACCUGAGCGGCGAUCCGGAGGUGGACGAGUUGGCGACGGGGUUGUGGAAUGUUUGUACAAGGUUGUGGAGGGGGUGGAGGGAGAAGGAGAGGGAGGGGGAGGGGGAGGGGGUAGAUGGGGGGAGGGGAGAGGGUAAGAGCGGUGGUGGUGGUGGGGGUGGAGGGGGAGAUGGGAAGGGGAAACCCAAACUUGGGAGGUUGGGGAGACUGUACCUGUAUGGGAGGGUGCUUGCGUUCCAUUUGUUGGGUGUGGCGAGGCCCAGGGGGAAUGGGCGGGUGGGGGUGGUGGUGAGGUUGAUGAAGUUGGGGUUGAAAGUCGUGAGGGAUUGCGUUGUCGAAUUGGCCGGCAAGGUGGUCCAGUCCACAACCGACUAUAAGGGGUGGCUGCAGAAUAUGUCGAAAGACCUUCCUGAGGAGGAAUGCUGGGUAGAAGACAGACUCGACGUUGCCGAGCACAUGUACGCCAAAGCCGAACUCCUUCGCCAGUUCCUUACGCCCGAGUAUACCGAACGGCUUGCAGACGUGCUGUACGAGAUCGGGAAGUCCUUGGCAGCCCGGAGCGACUUUCCGAUUGCGGUCAAGUGGUUUCAGCGAGCCAACGAUGUGAUCAACAGCCAGGAACUUGAACAAUUAUCCCGCGAAGGCGUCGAGCUGCGGCUCGCAAUCCUCCAAGGCCUAGUGACCGCACUUCUGGGUACCGGUACUCCGGAGGGACUGGAUAAAGCCAAAAGUUACGUCGAGUUUAUCGAGGCGGAAGCUGGCAAUAAAUUCGUUAUCUCAUUACUCAAGCUCGAACUACUAACAAAAACGCCCGCGGAGGUCUUUGACAGCGAUGCUUACGGCGACGUUCUACGGCACAUUAUACGAAACUUCUCCUUCUCCGACUCAGGGUUCAAGUUAAUCAUGCACCACAUCCGAAAACUACACGACAAGAGUCCUGGGGCUGGCUGUGCUGUCCUAGACGACUUCAUCGUAGCGUUAGGCAGCCAGGAAAAUGACGGGUGGAUAGAAAAAGCAGUCGUAACGCGAAUGUGGAUGAUCACGAACCAACGGGACUCGGUCGAAACAAUCAACACUGUGCAAGGCGUGCUCAAGUGUUUGACUAAUCCCUUAAGUGCGGAGGCGGCCUUGCUUUGGAAGAAGCUGGAAUUGAGUUACAGCCAGGGUCAAUAUGACUUAGCCGAGAGCUGGUGCCAGUUAUCGUUGCACGCUGUCUUUCAACGCUGCGGCUCCAGGAACAUAUCCAAGCUAGAGAGCUUAGACUCUGCUUCAUCCAUCAUUCACAAGAUGUCCGCGCAGAGCUGGAAAGAGCCCAUGACGGCCUACCUCGCAUUCAAAGUGGCAAUCCGGGUCGAAGACCGCACUCUUGCCGAGAAGUGCCUUGAAACUAUCGGCCAGGCGCCGGAUCAUAUCGACUAUCUUGGUGCCUGCAUAGCGGAAUCUCAGAAGGCUGGCGACAUCUUGUGCGCCAUUUCCGCUUUGAAGAAGCUCCAAGAAAAAUAUGAGUACAAAGAACCGAGCUCAAUACAUCUUCCAGCUCUGUUCCGGUGCACCAUCCGUUUGUUAAACUUGCUGGCAGAGCGGCCAGGGACAGAUCUCAAUGCUAUCGUGAAUGAUUUGUGUCAAGAGUUUGAUGAUGGAAUAUCACGGCGACUCCAGGCCAUGGCAGAUAGUUUACUCAGAGCCCAGGCUCCAGGGCAAGCCCUGUACUCGACCAUGCGCAAAAUUGUCAACGAGAUCUGGGUCCUCGAGAACUUUGACGCCGUCAAGUUGGCCAAGUACACGCGCUGCCUGUUCCAGGCGACCCUACCACUGGACGAUGCCCUGGCGAUGCGGUUGCUCGAAGAGGCAUGCGACAAGGCGAGGGAGUUGCGCGAGAGUCAAGCAGCCUGGCCCGAGGAAGAACUCGAGUGGAUGGCGACGACGUCCUUCAACCACGCCAUCGACUGCUACAGCGUCCAUGAGACCGACCGCGCCAAGGAGUGGGCGACCAAGGCGAUCAACCUGGCCCACUAUUGUAAUGAUAAACAGUUGGAGGAGAUCUUGCAGAACAAAUAUCUGCGACUGAGUUUUGAAGGUGGAUCGGGGUAA